AUGGGUGGUCGGGAGGUGCUCGGUGGUGCGCCGACGACUAAUACGACGCCGCAGGUGUUGUGCCGCCGGGCCAUCGGCCACCUCCCGCUCCUCCUCGCCGGCGCGGCGCUCCUCGCCGCGGCCCCGCGGCUGUCGGCGGCGCUCCCGGCCCCGGCGAACAGGCUGGUGGCGAACGGCCUCCUGAGGGAGCUGGCCGCCCUGGGCGUGAGCGCGCCGGCGGUGGCGGUGGCCUGCUGGGCGGCGGCGGUGGCGGCGUGGGCGUACGCCGUGUCGCGGCCGCGGCCGGUGUACCUGGUGGACCUGUCCGGGUACGUGGCCGGCGAGGCGCACGAGGCGUCCCGCGCCAAGACGAUCGCGCACUUCGGGCGGUGCGGGCGGUUCAGCGACGAGAGCAUGGCGUUCCAGAAGCGGAUGCUGGAGCGGUCGGGGCUCGGGGAGCGGACCCACUUCCCGGCGUCGCUGAUCAGCGUGCCCGUGGACAUGUGCCUCCGCACGGCGCGGGAGGAGUCGCACGCCGUCAUCUUCGGCGUGGUGGAGGACGUGCUCCGGCGGGCCGCCGUCGCCGCCGCCGACGUGGGAGUGCUCAUCUUCAACUCCAGCCUGCUCAGCACCACGCCAUCAUUCACCUCGCUCAUCGCCAACCGCUACGGCAUGAGGGACGACGUCGUCAGCCACAACCUCAGCGGCAUGGGAUGCAGCGCCGGCAUCAUCGCCAUCGACCUUGCCAAGCGCCUGCUCCAGGUGCACCCGGACACGUACGCGCUGGUGGUGAGCACGGAGAACAUCACCCUCAACGCCUACAUGGGCAACAACCGCCCGAUGCUGGUCACCAACACGCUCUUCCGCGUCGGCGGCGCCGCCAUCCUCCUCUCCAACCGCGCCGCCGACCGGUCCCGGGCCAAGUACCAGCUCAUCCACACCGUGCGCACCCACCGCGGCGCGCACGACCAGAGCUUCGGCUGCGUCACGCAGGAGGAGGACGACGCCGGCUGCGUCGGCGUCUCCCUCUCCAAGGAGCUCAUGCUCGUCGCCGGCGAGGCCCUGCGCACCAACAUCACCACGCUGGGCCCGCUCGUCCUCCCCAUGUCCGAGCAGCUCCGCUUCCUCGCCACCGUCGUCCUCAACCGCGUCUUCCGCGCCAACGUCCGCGCCUACCUCCCCGACUUCAAGCUCGCCUUCGACCACUUCUGCAUCCACGCCGGCGGCCGCGGCGUGCUGGACGAGCUCGAGCGCAGCCUCAAGCUCAGCGCCUGGCACAUGGAGCCGUCCAGGAUGACGCUCUGCCGCUUCGGCAACACCUCCAGCAGCUCGCUCUGGUACGAGCUCGCCUACAGCGAGGCCAAGGGCCGGAUCAGGAAGGGCGACCGGGUCUGGCAGAUCGCAUUCGGCUCCGGGUUCAAGUGCAACAGCGCCGUCUGGAAGGCGCUCCGGACGGUGGACGGCGGCGAGGAGGGCAACCCGUGGACGCCGGAGCUCGACGUGCUCCCCAUCCACGUGCCCAAGGUCUCGCCCGUCGACGAGACCACGUACACGUUCCCCGACGGGGCCACCUACAAGGUGUCCGUUGCUGGCUAAAUAAUUAAACAUCGAUAGAUUAUUUUCUCAUAUCAUCAUGCAUAUGGUUUCUCGCUUUCUGAUCAUCGAUCAUGUAUGUCAUCUGCUAAGCGAGGUCCUCAAGGUCAAGUAAGAAGAAUUGAAGCUAGCAGCGCCGUACGUUCUUGCCAGGCUUGAUGAUGAUGGUGCCGGGCCUUAUUAGCUAGUAGGGCUUGAUUUGGUUACUCUUUGCCGUGAUUUGUAAUGUAAAGCUUUAUGAACUUGCGAUGAAAUU